AUGACUCCUAAAGGAGGAGGGACAAAGGCAGCCCCCCAGCCAAUCAGGAGGUGGCACGAGAGGGCACCUGAGCCUGGUGUUGUCAGGAGGGACAAGGUCAAUCCCCGUGACUCUGGGGUCAGGGCCCCGCACUCCCAUCACCAGGCCCCGCCCACUGUUCUCUCCCAUCGCCAGGCCCCGCCCACUGCUCUCUCCCAUCACCAGGCCCCGCCCACUGCUCUCUCCCAUCGCCAGGCCCCGCCCACUGCUCUCUCCCAUCACCAGGCCCCGCCCACUGCUCUCUCCCAUCGCCAGGCCCCGCCCACUGCUCUCUCCCAUCACCAGGCCCCGCCCACUGCUCUCUCCCAUCGCCAGGCCCCGCCCACUGCUCUCUCCCAUCGCCAGGCCCCGCCCACUGCUCUCUCCCAUCGCCAGGCUCCGCCCACUGCUCUCUCCCAUCGCCAGGCCCCGCCCACUGCUCUCUCCCAUCGCCAGGCCCCGCCCACUGCUCUCUCCCAUCACCAGGCCCCGCCCACUGCUCUCUCCCAUCGCCAGGCCCCGCCCACUGCUCUCUCCCAUCGCCAGGCCCCGCCCACCACAACAUGA